AUGGCUGAGGACGAUGUCCAAAACUUUUACAUAUUUCCAGGGGUAGAGAUUGAAAAUGUUUGGAUCGUCAGAGACGUAGCCACCGGCAGGGAGUUAGCUCGCUGGCCGAUAGCUACCCUGGGCCUAGCCAGUGACAUGAUUAGGGGAAGGAGACAAGAAAGAAGAAGACGACGAAGACGACGACGACAUAGGUCUUCUACUAACGAAGAUGACCAGCCAAGGAGAAGGAGGAGGACAGAUUCAACACCUGCUGCUUCGUAUUCGGCCCCUCUGAGUAGUCCGGAACUACUCGAGGACCACCCGAGAAGCCCGUCCCCUCCAAGAAGACCACCAACUCCUACCUGGUCACCCAGUCAUCCCCCGGGAGCAGCUGCUGGACAGUGGGAUUCCUCCGUAGAUUCGGAUUGGACCCCUCCCGUUAACAACGAUUGGGCUGGACAGGGGGCUUCUUCAUCCGUUGAUUCGGAUUGGCCCCCUCCCGUCAACGAUGACUGGGCACCUUCCCCGGAACUGGCUAGACCACCACCCCCGACCCCGGAGAUGUCACCAGGUGUGAGUACUACGGGGCCAAUUCCUAGAUGGGGGAUUCAAGUCGCAGCAGCCAGGAUGGAUUCCUGUGCAGUUUGCUUGGAGGAGGAUCGGAUGUCCAAUUACAUCUGCUGUCAGUGUCGCCGUCGACCGGCUUGUCUCGAGUGUUCAGCUGUGCUGGUACAGAUGAACCAAUGUUGCCCCCUGUGUAGACGCAGGCUUUCGAGAUAUGCAGCUCGCGGGCGAGAUUGA